CUGUUAGAGGUUUAAGUUAUAUCACAUCACCAAAUCACAAGAAGCAAAUCUUUAGAAGAACAGUAGCUUUCACACAUGGCGUACACAAAACUAUUUUGCUUCAUGUUGGUUGCAGUUCUUCUAGCCUCUGUUUCAGUGGCCAGAAAACGAAACGCAACUCAUAUUCAAUUUUACAUGCAUGAUACUCCUACUGGCCCAAACCCCUCUGCAGUUCGUGUCGCAGGGCAACCGAUCAACGCCACGGACUCCAACAUGGGUGCCAUGUUCGGGUUCGGAUCCAUCUAUAUCAUGGACAACGCACUCACUGCUACACCUGAUAUCAACUCCACCCUUAUUGGUCGAGCCCAAGGGCUGUAUGCCAUGUCUUCCCAGGAAAACGAGGUAAGCCUCCUCAUGACCCUCACAUACAACUUCGUCUCAGGGGUCUACAAUGGUAGCUCUGUCAGUGUGGUUGGUCGGAACCCUGUCAUGGAUGAAGUUAGAGAGAUGCCUGUGGUGGGAGGUACUGGCGUUUUUCGGCUUGCUCGUGGUUUUGCUCUGGCAAAGACACAUUCGAUGAAUCUAGUUGAUGCGAUUGUCGGAUACAAUGUCACCAUAAUACCUUACUAUUAAAAAGUAUCUAGAGUUGAGUUCAAUAGUUGAUACGUUUUUACUUCAAUUUUGGAAUAUCUACGUUAGUUUGAUCAUGUAUGCCUGCCUUGUUAUUGUACACCAUAAUUUACAUCAUAACAGAUCAUUUUUUUUUUUUUUUUUUUUAAUACGAGCACUUUAUGGACUUUCAGUUUUA